UUGAGUCAACACCAGCUAAUGGCUAUUGGGUAAACUAAAGUCCUCCUGAGAUAUUUGGAGAUACACCCCUGGCUAUUUCCCAACAGCAUGCAUAGGUGCCCUCUUUUAAUGUGAAGAGACACCUGAACAGGACAUACAUCCGUACUUGCACGUGAUUUUCACUGUGACAGCAGAGGGUAGGCCAGAACGGUUCAGUGACCAAAGAACAAUGGAGUAUUCAGAGAUCAACCAGAAACAAAAGUCUCAAGGCAGUUGCUGCUCCCCAACUCUAAAGAGCUUUAUUGGUGUGCUUGCCUUCUCUUUUUUCACCAAAUCCCUGACGGGGAGUUACACCAAGAGCACCAUCACUCAGAUCGAGAGAAGGUUUGAUAUCUCGACCUCCACUGUUGGCGUCAUCGAUGGGAGCUUUGAAAUGGGUAAUCUGUUGGUCAUUACUGUAGUAAGCUACUUUGGUGCCAAGUUUCACAGGCCCAAGAUCAUAGGAGCAGGAGCCCUGCUGAUGGCUGCAGGCACACUGUUAAUGGCUCUACCUCACUUCCUGAUGGGCCGAUAUGAGUACAAGACCGUUGCCACCCACACUAAUGAUGCUGAUCAUUUUACUGUGAGCUCUCUCUGCUCACCUGUCACCCAGAAUCCUUUUCAACAGCCUGUUUCUGGGUGUCAGAAAGGGGAAGAGGAAGGCUCGCCAAUGUGGGUUAUUCUGCUGGUGGGGAACAUUAUCCGUGGCAUUGGGGAAGCCACCCUUGUUCCACUGGGAAUAUCAUUCAUAGAUGACUAUGCACGCCCGGAAAACUCUGCUUUUUACAUUGGCUGUCUGCACACGGUUGGAGUGAUUGGACCUCUGUUUGGUUACUCGCUUGGAUCUCUCUGCGCUAGUCUUUAUGUGGACAUAGGCUUAGUUAACGCAGACAGUGUGAGCAUCACACACCAGGACUCUCGAUGGGUCGGGGCCUGGUGGCUGGGUUAUGUGGUUGCAGGAAGUCUGACUCUUCUUGCUGCUUUACCUUUCUGGUUCCUUCCCCGAGCUCUUCCUGAAACUCCUCAGACCCCUGAGGUAGAGCAGCCCUCAAAUCAGCACCAACACACACCCAGUGUUAAAGAAAUAGCCAAAGGUUUUGGGCCAUCUCUGAAGCGUUUGCUCUCAAACAAGAUUUAUCUCCUGUACAUCAUUUCCAAUCUUCUGAUGUUUAACGGGUUCAUCAUACUUAUAACAUACAUACCCAAGUACUUGGAGCAGCAGUUUGGAAAGAGCACAUCCAAGACCAACUUUCUAAUAGGAGUGACUAGUAUGCCAUCUGUGGCUCUGGGUAUUUUCCUCAGUGGGGUGAUAAUGAAGAAGUUUAAAUUGGGCCUGCUGGGAGCCGCCAGAGUUGCGUUCUUUACAUCGGUAGCUGGAUUUCUUUUCACUUUGCCUUGUUUUGCUCUAAGCUGUCAAAAUAUUAAUGUUGCGGGGGUCACAGCUACCUAUCAAAGAUCAAUGGAAGUCCAAACUAGGGGUUCACUGUCUUCAUGCAAUGCUGGAUGUGGUUGCCCCGACAGCCAAUGGGAUCCUGUGUGUGGAGAGAAUGCAAUCACCUACAUCUCUCCCUGUCAUGCUGGCUGUAACGCCACCCACGGCACCGGACGCAAUAUGACUUUCCAUGACUGUGCAUGCAUCAGGAGCUGGGGGCUGAGUGCCAAAAACUCCUCUGCAGCUCUUGGACAGUGUUCACGAGAGAGCAGCUGUUCUAAAAUGUUCUACAUCUUCCUGGCACUGCAGUCUGUCAGCUUCUUUGUGUACUGUCUGGGCAGCACUCCUCUCUUCAUCAUCUCAUUAAGGAGUGUGGAGCCUGAACUAAAGUCUCUCUCAGUGGGGAUGUUACUGCUUAUUUUACGAGUCCUGGGUGGUAUACCUGCUCCCAUUUAUUUUGGUGCGAUUAUUGAUUCUACCUGUCUGAAGUGGGGUUAUAAGAAAUGUGGCGGAAGAGGCGCGUGCAGAAUGUAUGACAUACAAACUUUAAGGUUCCUAUUUCUGGGACUGAUCAGCUGUUUGCGGGUGUUUGGUUAUGCUCUGUUCUGGAUAGUAGUCACAUACAUUAAAAGAAAUGAAGAGACUGAUCAAAAGGGGGUUGAGAACAUAGAACUCCAGAAGCCAGUGCUGUGUGAUCCAGAGACAGAGGAGGCUUUAAAGAACAAUGAGGAGGUUCAGAAAACUCUGAAAGAGUUUGCAUGAUGGCUUGAUACAUGUUGUCAUUUUUCUUGGUGUUUUUUUCCUCAAAGUUGCAGUGUUAUUGUAAUGUCAGUAUUGUAAUGACGAGAACAUUAACAAAAGUACGCAUGUCAUUUUUCUC